AUGCUUCCAUGCCAGAGCACCACAGCGAAUACCAAAUUGAUUUUGGACUUUGGCACAUUUCUCCACAAGAUAUUCCUAAAACACGUAGAAGAUGACGACGAAACCGUCUUUCAUAAUAAACUCCCUAGCAUCAAUAGGCACAUAAGCCGCAUCUUGGAGGUCCCGAGUGUUCCUCUACUAGAGGACCGAGCAUUGCUAGAUUCGAUCGGGACAAAGUUGUGGAAUGUGUGUACGCGACUUAUAAGGAAGGACGGUGGGAAAGGGGAGCGCCUAUUGGUUUUAUGUGCUGCACGGGCAUUUUCGUUUUUUAUGAUUGAAUUCGGGGCAGGAAACAGGGAACAAGGGACCGAUUCAGAACACGAAGAUUACAUGAGGCUUCUGAAGGUAGCUUUGGCAACCGCACGGGGAUGUCUAGAUGUUGACCAACUGAGUCUGUGUUUGAGCGUACUUGGGAAAGCUGCAGCUCGGGAGGAAGCCUUGUCAAGGCGAAACCAAGAUAACGAUACUCCUGAUGGUAGUAUUUGUAAAAGUUCCGCCGAAUACUAUAUUUUGCGCAUGGCACUGUCAUGCCGUCAAAACCAGAUUGAUAUUGCGGAGCAUAUGUUCUCUAAGAUCGAUAUUGCAUACAUAGGACGUGAUCCUACCAUGGCAGAACGACUUGCAGAGGCCCUUUAUGAUAUUGGAAAAUCCAUGUUAAAUCGAGGUGAGCACGCUUUAGCUGCCACCUGGUUACAACGGUCUUAUGAUGCAUUACCCCAACAUGAGGAUGGGCGACUCGGUAGGGAUGGAAGAGAACUUCGGCUGGCCGUGCUCCUUGGGCGAGUUCGGGCAAAUAUGCUCUUACAACAGGAGGACGGGGAAGCUAUAGUUGCAAGUUUACUUGAUCUGCUUGAGCAAGAGUACGGAAAUCGGCUUCCAGUCAUCUUCCUGAACUUGGACGUUAUUAGCAAAGCCAGCUCCCCUGAUAGUCAACGUUAUUACGAAAAGCUCUGCCAUGCGGUGCGGACGAUUCCAGCUACUGAGUCGAAUUUUGAAAUGAUAGUUCGAUAUGCACAUCGGCUAAACAAAUGGAGCUCCGAACUAGCAGUAGAUGUCCUCCAGCAGCUGCUACUACAGAGAUUGCUUCUGCAUAACAACAUUUCUAUCCUGGAAAAAUGUUUCGUCACAUAUGUUUGGAUGCAGACUACGUUACCCGAACUUGCAGCUGGCCUAGAUUCGGUUUCAGCAACCGUAGAUAAACUCAUGCAAUCAUUGCGGAAACCCUUGGGCGAGGAAGCUGCCCAAGCAUCUUUAAUUCUGCAGUGGAAGAAAGCCAAUAUUGCCUAUGAACACAAAGACUACGAUAUUGCGGAGCAAUGGUGCUUGCUAGCCCAGCAUAAGAUAUUUGAAAAUGCAGGAGCAGCAAACAAAGCCAAAAUAUGCAGGAAAAUGAUUCUCUGCGCAUUGGGAAAAAUGGAUGGAUCAAAGGCACGCCAGCUGUUCAAUGACAUGCCGGAAGCCUCAAGGUCUGAGAGUUUGACACAAUAUCUACUCUAUAGGGUUGCAUUACUAGACAAGGAUUCUGAAUUGGCAAGGGGGUGUCUUGAGACCCUUUCAAAACAAGGCGCGGGGUCCGAAAACUAUGUACUGGCAUGUCUCGCAGAAACGCGGCAGACGGACGAUAAAUAUCAAGAAGCUAUAGCCUUACGAAUUCUGCUGGAUAUGCUUGAUAAGAAAUCGUUGGAUGGGAUUCAUUUGCCAGCACUUCUCAGAUAUACCAUCCGCCUUCUUGUUGCAGAAGUGAGCAGCAAGUAUCAGCCCGUACGACUAGAAGUCAUAGAAAAUACUUGUAAUGUAUUCGAGAUCGCUUCCGCGAAGGUGAUCGAAUAUCGCAAUCAGACAAACGACAACCCUUUUUCAGUCUCUGAGAUGGAGUGGUUUUCUCGAAAUAGCUAUAACCUAGCCGUGAAGUUUUGUACGAAAUGGGAUACUAGCCCAGUACUAUCCCUAGUAAACACAUGUAUUAAGUUCCUCGACAUGUAUCCGUCGAACUUGAGUCCAAAGCAACUAUAUGCUGCCACCCUCCGAAGGCUACUCUGCCACUUUUUGGGAGCUUUACUUAGCAUGGCUCGGGCACGCACAGAGACUGAUACUCAGGCCCAAGCUGAUUACUAUCUCGAUUCCAGAAAUCAUAUUCAAUUUUUCCGAGGCGUCCUGAAUUGUGAAUCCACCAACUGGGAAGAGACACAUCAAAGUGAUUUGUUUAAAAAACACAAGACGCUGCUAGCCUUUGACUUCGAAGCUGCUGUCCGUCUGCGGCAAUGGGGUAGCUUAGAUGAGAUCAUCGAAGAAUCCGAAUCAUUCUCAGACGACAUAUUAUAUGGCACAUUUUCAGAAGCUCUGCUCUGCUCAGACGCGCCUCUUAAGAAUACUACGCGAGCCUUGCAGCAAAUAACCACUCACAUAGUCCGUCGCGGCGAAGUCCGCGACACUAGCAAACUCUCCCGCUGGAUAAGGUGCCUGUUUCAGUUGGCCUUGGACUCGAACGCCGAGAUGGCAGAGGACAUACUUGACCAGGCGUACGCGCUAGCCAGGGAGUGCCAUUCCCAGCAUCAACAGUAUCAACAGGGUGAACAGAAGAAGCCUCAAGGGCCCGAGGCUUCCUCGUCAUGUUACCCGGAAGAGGAGCUCGAGUGGCUUGCUACGACGGCUUUUAAUCGUGCGAUAGAUUUCUAUACGAAGCCAGAUGACGUUUCGUGUCGAAGGUGGGCUCAGAAAGCGCUCGAUUUGGCGGGCCAGAUGCGUGAUGGAGGCCUGUUGUAUAAGGUGCUCAGGAACAGGUUUGAGGGUCUGAGGUGGGAAUGA